AUGCUCGCGACGAAGGAAAGCUCGACAUUGCCGAGCAGACUGCCAGACAUGCCGUCGCCCACUCCUACUGUCACCACGUCAGCCACCUCGUCCGCGAAGAAGAGCAAGGCGCCCAAGGGCAGCGUCAGCACAGGCGUAAUGCCGCCCGAAUCCACUAAGAAACCCACCCCUGCAAAUCCCAAGCCCACCUCGCCAUCACCCAAGAAACCCGCCCCCUCCCCCAAGACCCCCGCGCCAGCUCCUGGGGGAAAGUCGCCCGUUCCGGGCGGGAAAACUCCGUCGACGAAGACCCCUUCGCCUUCGCCGAAGGGCGGUAGCCCUCCCGCCUCACCAAAGCCCUCUCAGGGUAGCCCUAACCUCCCUAAGUCUCCGCCUUCCACGCCGUCCCCGCCCAAGAACACCAGCGCUUCCGGUCAGAAACCUCCCGCCUCACCCACCUCCCCUCCCGUAAGCCCCCCCCCACCUUCCCCCAAGCCCGCGCCCCCGCCAAAACCGCGCCCGACGAAGCGGCGCGACGCGAACGAGACGGUCCCGACGGGGCCGAGCAACGCGGUUGGAUCAGCCGACUGCCAGUACCAAGCCGCGAAGGAGCUCGCGUCGUGCGCCAUGGGGUUCGCGCAGACGGCGGGCGUGAAAGGCGGGCAGGCGCUCGAGGUGACGCGGUACAUCGUGGAGAACGAGUUCGACUCGCUGGACGGCUCGCAGAUGUCGGUGGGGUCGCUGCGCUGGGCGGUGACGUACCUGCGCGAUGGCGCGUACAUCCGGUUCGCGCGCAGCAUGGAGAUCGUGCUGCAGGGGAACCUGUUCCUGCGCCCGCGCACGACGAUCGACGGGCAGGGCUUCCACGUGCGCAUCACCAACGGCAGCAUUGUAAUGCAGAACGUCAACGACGUCAUCGUGCACAACAUCGAAGUAUCGGGGCAGCCGCGCGGCGAUCUGAUCCCGAUCUACAACAGCUCGCGCGUGUGGGUGGACCACUGCCGCCUCUUCGGCGGGCUCACGGGCACCGUCGACGUCGGCAAGGGCAGCACUGACGUCACCAUCUCCAACAACUACGUCAGCAGCUACGGGCAGACGAUGCAGCUGGGGCUGUCCGACGUGGAGAACGCCGAUACGUCGAUGCGCGUCACUCUGUAUCGGAACUGGUUCAACGCGUCGGGCGCCAUGCAGCCGCUGUGCCGCAAGGGGUGGUGCCACGUGGCGAAUAACGUGUACACGAGCUGGGGGUACUACGCGAUCGCGGCGCGCAAGGGCGCCGUGAUCCGGUCCGAGAAGAAUUUCUUCCGGCCUGACCCGGCGGGCAGGCGAAAGGAAGUCACGCCGUACUGGAAAGGAAUGCCCCCGACGGACGGCAGCUACGAUCCGACGGUCACGAUUGUCUCGAUCGACGACUUCCUAGCAGGCAACGCGACGUUCUCGGACACGGCGUAUCGCGGCCCGACGCCGGUAUUCACGCCGCCUUACACGCUGACGUUUCCGAAGAGCACGCGCAUGCUGGAGACGUGGGUGCAGUUCAACGCGGGCCCGAAAUACGACGCGCUCCUAGAACUUGAUCCGCCCAACCCGGCCUUCCUUCCCCCCGCGCCCUCGCCCCCUCCUUCUCCCGAUUCCACUGCCGGCAACGCCACCGCCGGCAACGGCACCGCCGGCAACGCCACCGCCGGCAACGCCACCGCCGGCAACGCCACUGCCGGCAACAGCACCGCCAACAACGGCACCGCUGCCAACGGCACUGUGGCUUCGCCCCCCCCGCCGCCUCCCCCGCCGCCCGAAUCCCCCGACUGCCAGUACGCUCCGGGCGCGAACGGGGCGGAUGGGCUGUCGGCAUGCGCCGUUGGGUUUGCGGCCGCGGCGUUGGCAAGCGGGAAUGGCAGCACUGGCAACACGACCGACGGGAGCAGCGGUGAGCGACCGGUGUACGUGGUUACCCUGGACGAGGACUUCGCAGCGUCGUCGCGACAGGGCUCGCUGCGGUGGGGCAUCUCGAACUACGCGCGCACGGGCGCGGUGUUCCGGUUCGCGCGCGACAUGACGAUCCAGCUGGCGGCGCCGCUGUACGUGAAGUCGCUGACGACCAUCGACGCGCGCGGCAGGAGCGUGAAGCUGGUGGGGGACAGCCUGCUGGUGCAGCACUCGCGCGGCGUCAUCAUCCACAACAUCGAGAUAUCCGGCAGCGUUCGUGCCCCAGCGCACAUAGCCCUAUACAACAGCACGGGCGUGUGGGUGGACCACUGCCGCUUCUCCAACACCUCCACCCUCUCCGGCGCCAUAGAGCUCGCGCGCAACAGCACAGGCGUCACCAUCUCCAACUGCCACUUCGCCUCCAACCAGCAGGGCUUCGCGCUGCACCUCGGCCAGUCCGACUCAGACAAUAUCAACUCCGGCAUGAACGUUACGGUGUACCGUAACUGGUUUGACGGGUCCGCCGUGCCCGCGUGGCAGCCCAUGUGCCGGCUGGGGCUGUGCCACGUGGCGAAUAAUCUGUACACGGGGUGGACGGGAGACGCCAUGGAGGCACGUGUGGCGGCACAGGUGCUUCUAGAGCAGAACCAGUUUCAGGCGGGUGCAGCGUCGCGGCAAGUCGUGGCGAAUACCACGGCGCCGGUGCCGGGGCUGGUGGCAGCUGUGAAUAACACGCUGCUGCAGUGGACGGAUGGGGGGGGAGCGGUGGCUCCGGUGUCUGUCACUUGGGGCCCGGUGUAUGUGGCGGUGGAGGGGGGCGUGCAGGUGUUUGUUCCUCCGUAUGGAUUGGAUCUCAUGCCUUUGGAUGGCAACUUCACUGCGUUUGUCAAGGCCAAUGCUGGCCCUCAUGCCAAGUAG